AUAUAGGAGUGCAAACCCGGAUGGCAGAUAAGGCGGACGACCUCGACGACCCGGUCGAGAGAAUGCUGAAACAGACCGGCUGCCUGAAACAGCACUACAAAGUUCAGGAAUGUAUUGCUGAGAAACGAGAUUGGAGAGUUUGCCAAAGUGAGGUUCAGGAUUUUAAAGCUUGUAUGGCAGAAUAUAACCUCAAGAAAACUUCCAAAAUAGAUUCCUAGAAGAUGUACCAGUAUAAUUUAAGUGUCCAGGAUGUAUUAGUCGGAUUUACGGUUGGGCUGUUAACAGGAAUUUUUGUACCAAAAUUAUUCAACUCCAAGAAUAUAAAGACACUUGCGACUACAGCAUCAUCAUGGAAACAGUACAGAGAUGUCAAAAUGGUGAUUGUUGUGAGGUCGGAUUUGCUCAUGGGUAAGGGGAAAAUUGCUGCACAAUGUUCACAUGCGACAUUAAGCGCUUAUAAAGAAGCACUCAAGUUGAACCCAGAUAUGGUGAAAGCAUGGGAAAAGUCUGGGCAGACGAAAAUCGUCCUCAAAUUACCCAAUGAAGGAGAGGAAAGCACCGAAAAUGCCCUUUAUAAACUUAAAACCAAUGCGAACAAUUUAGGAGUCGUCGCUUCAGUAAUCCACGAUGCUGGGCGUACUCAAAUUGCUAGUGGUACAGCAACUGCUGUUGCUGUAGGUCCAGCUCAAUCCAAAACCGUCGAUCUUGUAACUGGACAUCUUAAGCUAUUGUAGUUAUUAUACAUUAAUAAAAUAACAAAAUUGAUUAUUUGUCAA